UCUCGGAAGGGGGAGGAGCCAGAGAGAGCCCGCCGGGGAUGGAAGGAACGUGACCGCCGCAGCAAAAGGGAGAAGAGCGAGAGAGAGCGAGGGGCAGGGCGCGCGCGCGGACGGGCCAGCAGCCAGCCGGGGGCAGCGGGCAGGCAGCAGAAGCAGCGGCAGCAGCAAGGCGUGGCAGCAGCAGCAGCAGCAGGAGCCGCCCGGAGGAGAGCCCCUUCCUCCUCCGCCGAGAGGAGCUCCAUCCUCCGCCCAGGCGCCUUCAGAGUGCAAAGGGGUCCCGGAAUUCGGCCCGUCCGUCUAAAUGCAGGCUGUCACGCCUUCCUCAGGCGACGCCAUGUCCGAGGGGGUCGACUCCCAGCCCGUGGCCCUCGGGGCUUGCCGCGUGGAGCUCCGCGUUUCCUGCUGGAGCCUGCUGGAGCGCGAAGAAGGCGUCAAGCCCGACCCCUGCGUGGUGCUCCAGCUGUUCAGCGAAGACCAGUGGAACGAGGUGGGGCGCUCUGAGGCCCUCCGAGGCUCCCGGAACCCCGUCUUCGCCCGCGUCUUCUCCCUGGACUAUUUCUUCGAGGAGAUGCAGACUCUGCGCUUCGAUGUGUACGACGCCGAUGGAGACGAUGCCGAGAGCUUGCAGUGCGAUGCGAGUGUCGUCCUGGGGUCGAUCGAGUGCACCCUGGGCCAGAUCGUCUCCCAGACCAAGGUCACAAAGCAUCUGGUGCUGACAAACGGAGAGAUUGCAGAGAAGUCGACAAUCACGAUUGAAGCCGAAGAAGUUUCCAGAACUAACGAGUUCGUGCAACUGGAAUUUCACGGCCAAGAGCUGGACGACAAGGAUUUCUUCAGCAAAUCUGACCCAUUCCUGGAGAUCUAUAAGGUCAACAGCAAUGAGACAGAGCAACUGGUUUGGAGGACAGAGGUCGUGAAGAACAACCUGAGCCCCAGGUGGCGGCCGUUCCGGGUCUCCCUGCAGUCCCUGUGCAGCUGCGAUUCUGACAAGCCCAUCCGGUGCAUCAUUUAUGAUCAUGACUCCAGCGGGAAGCAUGACUACAUUGGCGAGUUCAGCACCACUUUCCAGGAAAUGCUACAGGCUGCUUCAGGAGAGGAGGUGAAAUGGGAAUGUAUUAACCACAAAUACCAAGAGAAGAAGAAGCACUACAAGAACUCCGGGUACAUUGUUCUCAGUCAGUGCAAGAUGGAAAAAGUCCACACCUUCCUGGAUUACAUUAUGGGCGGCUUGCAAAUCUCCUUCACGGUGGCCAUCGACUUCACAGCCUCCAACGGAGACCCGCGGAGCGAGCACUCGCUUCAUUUCAUCAACCCCAAGGAACCCAACGAGUAUCUGAAGACCUUGUCCUCAGUGGGCGAGAUCUGCCAGGACUACGACAGCGACAAGCGGUUCCCGGCCUUUGGUUUCGGCGCACGGAUUCCUCCCGACUUUGAGGUGUCUCACGAUUUCGCUAUCAACUUCGACCCAGAAAACCCAGAAUGUGAAAGAAUCGCUGGGGUAAUCGAGGCCUACAAGCGCUGCCUGCCCCAGAUCCAACUCUAUGGCCCCACCAAUGUUGCUCCCAUCAUCAACAAGGUGGCGGCUCCUGCAGCCGAGGAAGAGGAAACAGGGCUACCCACGAAGUACCGCGUGCUGCUGAUUCUCACGGACGGUGUGGUGAGUGAUAUGCCCGAGGCCUGCGACGCCGUGGUCCGAGCCUCCCACCUGCCUCUCUCCAUCAUCAUUGUGGGCAUCGGGAACGCCGACUUCUCUGACAUGCGGGAGCUGAAUGGUGACCGUGGGAUGCUGGAGUCGGAGGAGGGCAGAGCCAUUCGCGACAUCGUCCAGUUUAUACCUCUCCGUGAAUUCAAGAAGGCUCCAGCCAACGCUCUGGCCAAGUACGUUCUGGCUGAAGUUCCCAAGCAAGUGGUGGAAUACUAUGGCAGCAAAGGCAUCGCCCCCACCCCACAGAAGCCCUCUUCCUCCUCCUCCUCGCUGCCCCAGUGAGACCCACGUGCACCUCUCCCCCAUGGGCAUGGCCUGUCCAGCACCUUAAUGUGCCUGUUUUCUCUUUCCCUUCACCUCUGCCUGUCUUCCAGCCCCUGGUCCCUUAGGUACACCCUCCCCACCUGGCCUCUUCUGGUAGGGAAGAGAGAGAGAGAGCUAGAGCACUUUGCCUCUUGCCCCAGGCCUUCACCCACGACUCAGGACGUCAGCUGGAACCGUACCCCACCCAGAUGUUCCCAGCUGUUCCCCCUUCUCCCCCCACUCACGGAUCCUCAACCCAGAUAGCCUGCAGCGGUGACUCCUUUAAUAAACAAGCUCUCUUGAACACA